AUGUUAGGAAAUCAGCCUAUUUCCAGUAGCGAUCAUCACGCUGGAAAGCCAGAACAGACUCCAACUGAGCAUGAAGCCGAAAAGUUGAAGAUCAAGCUGAAUGAUUGGGAACGUAGGUUUCAGGCCAGGCACAAGAGAGCUCCUACCAAAGACGAUGUCGUCCAGACAGAGGAAGUACACAAUGCAUACCGGCGCUAUGCUAAAUUGAAGAAGCUGAUUAUGAAAGAAAGGCAGAAAAAAGAAGCUCAAGAUAAUCACCAUCACGAGUUUCCUCUUCCAAACACCACGACCAUUCCCGCUGGACGCGCAGCACACGAAGCUGCUGCUCGUUCAGACUCCCCUUCUAGUAAACGAAAAAGGGCCACUCCAUCGAAACCCGCUACCGUUACUCGCAUCACUACAAUAUCUAGAUCAUUAAAUACAGGUGCUGGAGAUGAUGAAAAUGAUGAUGACGAUGACGAGGAGAUUGAUCCAACACCCAUUAAACGGAUUCGUACUGGAUUCGUCAAUUCUCUAGCUUCUACACUUGCAGAUACAAGAGAGAACGAACAUAAAUCAUUGAAGGAUCAACUUCCGCAGCCACUGGUCGCUGAUAACUCUCAGCAACGAAUCUCUGUCUUUAGCAGAGCAUUGAACAAGCUGAACUCACUUCAAUUGUCAAAAUCGGAUGUAGCCGGUGAUGAUAAGGGUGCUGAAUAUGAUGUUGAAACCGAUGAUCAGAGUACUGCUCGUUAUUAUGUUGAACGCCUAUUGCAUCAAAAUGGGAUUACACGCAAAAAACCUACAUAUGAACCAAUAUCUAAUAGGACAACCUCAUUGUUUAGAGCACUGUCUAAACCCUCUCUUGCACGAUCAGCAACCCUUGCUCAACCCGAAGAUUCAGACGCUGUGGUUGCACCCAAUAGUCUACUUCAUGGCGCCUUUCGCCGUUACUCGUCGCUGUCUACCACCAAUAAUAAGCUUCUACCGAAAUAUACAUAUCCAGAUCCCAAACAAUUUAAGGCAGAUGCUCAAACUGUAAUACCAGAACGAGAUGAGCAAAUCCUUGAUGUUGCACAUGAUGCAGUAGAAGACUCUCGUGAUGAUGGAGAUAUCCAGGAGCAGCCAAACCAAGAGGAUGACGAGACAUUUGAGGAUGACUCUGUUACACCAGAGAAGCCAAAAGAAGCUGAUGCAGCUACCGAUGAAGAUGAUGACGAUGCAGUUGUAUUGCGAAAGAAAGGCAAAAGACCCAAACGUAUUGUAUCAUCUGAUGAGAGUGAUGAAGAUGAAUCGGAAGCUGAUGAAGCCAGUGAGGACCAUGGAGGUUCUGACGAUUCUCAAAAGGCACGCAAGUCAAGCAGUAGAAAAGGAAAGGCAUCUGAUGACUAUAAAGAGCCCACCCAGAAACGUAAAAGUACGAAGGGUACUUCCAAGAAAGAGGCUGAUCCAAAGAAGGCCAAGGAGCCUAAAGAACCCAAGGCCAAGAGUUCUAAAUUGAAGACUCAAGUAGUGCCUUCCAAGUUUGCUCGCUUCAACAACAGAUCCAGAGGUGGUGCAUUCCGAACUGGAGGAUUUCGAGGAGGUGGAUUUCGUGGAUUUGGCAAGAGUGGUUUUCGCCGUCCCUCUACGAAUUUCUCAGCUCAUCAUGAGAAACGAUGUGCUGCUCAAGAUGAAGAUUUCGAUGACUACGCAGGACCAUCAGCAGCUCCAGCAACUUAUGUACCAACAUCAAUACCUGAACUCGAUAUUUUAGCUGCAGAUGACGAAGAAGGCGAUGAAAUUUGUACUGUAGCAUCCAAGUUUAUGGAAGAUCCGACUUGUACUGGUGUACGAGUUAAUCUUACCAGGGCACUAACGUCUUUUACGGGUCUCGACUCUUUUCGACAUGGUCAACUGGAAGCAAUCAAACGUGUUUUGGAAUGUCGUUCAACUUUGGUGGUAUUGCCGACUGGCACUGGAAAGUCGCUAUGCUAUCUACUACCAUCUUAUGUUUUGAAACGUCUGAAGCAAGCCAAAACUGGAUUUACGCUGGUAGUAGUACCGACAAUAUCACUUUUGCAAGAUCAAUUGCGUCGCAUUCCUGUCGCUCUUUCUGGAGAAACUUUGAGUGGAAACACUUCCGCAUUGACUAUUGAGUCAGUCUCGCAGCUCUUUGAAAAAGGCACCGACAUUCUCUUCGUUACACCUGAAAGGCUGCAAACUCAGAUAUGGAAAGACGUCGUCUCUUCUCAAGGCUUGCCACCUGUUUGGUUGACCUGCGUUGAUGAGGCACAUUGUCUAUCGGAAUGGUCUCACAACUUCAGACAAUCAUACCUUUAUUUGAAAAGCACAAUCAUGACAGAGCUAGAAUGUUCUUGUAUUCUUGGACUGACUGCGACUGCAACAGCUCGUACACGUCGAGCUGUCUGUCGAAUGCUUGAGCUGUCUGAAGAAGACUGUGUUAUGACUGAUCGUGUAUUGCCUGAUAAUUUGAGAUUGACGGCAACGUUGAUCACUGAAGCUGAUGAUCGAGAUGCUCUUCUUUUGGGAUUGCUCAAAACGCCUGUAUUUGCCAGAAUGAACUCCAUUAUCAUUUAUGUCAUGUAUCAGAAUCAAGCUGAUCGUCUCAGUCAAUAUCUUCGAGUUCGCUCAUUAUCAGUUGACGCCUAUCACGCUGGUCUCGAUGAUGCUACUCGCACACAAGUCCAGAGAAAAUUCAUGGCAGGCCAAUUGCGAAUUGUUAUUGCAACAGUUGCAUUUGGUUUGGGACUGGACAAAUCGGACGUUCGUGGCAUAAUUCACUAUUCUCUACCACGUUCGACUGAAAACUAUGUUCAAGAAUGUGGUCGCGCCGGACGUGACGGAUUGGAGUCAGUUUGCCACGCCUUUGUGAGCAAAGACGACUAUAUCAGAUUACGAAGCUUUGCCUAUUCAGAAGGUGUUGAUCAGCCUACCAUAUGGAGAUUCUUGAGCAAAAUCCUCUCUGAUGAUACAGAUGAGCCUCAAAAGAAGAGGAAGGGUGUGGAUGGAGUGUCACGAGUUGCUCUCGAUAUUGCUGAACUGGAGCGAUCGUUUGAUGUUAAGGAGACGGUGCUACGAACGUUGUUAACGUACAUAGAUCUUGCACCAAAUUCGCCCAUCAAGCUCUAUGCGGAUAUGCCCGCAAGAUAUACGCUCAACUUUGGUGGACAAUUAUCUCAAUUGGCAGAAAACGACUCUUUCGUUGAUAAGAUUCUGAGUACUAGCGCAAAAGUUGCUAACUCACUGACGAUUGAAACAGUCAAGAUAUGUCAUGAAGCGAAAACUACUCCUGCUGAACUCCAUCGUCAUUUAUGGGAUCUUCAAAAAAAGAAGGCUCUUACCUUCACCUCUGAGUCUCCGUCAUUUUGCAUAGGAGUGUCAGAUGCUUGGCCAAGAAUGGACGAAGAAAAACGAGAUGUGAUACUAAACGGAUUACGCGAAAGUCUUGACAAGAGUACCAAGCAGCUUGAAAUCGCCAAGGUCGUGAAAGUUGAUUUAUUGUAUGAACAACUCUACAAAUCUGCAACGUCAACCAUAUAUGAACACGCUGCAUUUUACAACAUUGGAGCUCCUAUAAGAGAAGAUUCUCUCGAGUCUGAAAGGGAAGCAGCCUUGCGUGCCUGCAUCUCGACCUACUUCAUGGCAGACGAGAAGAAGAUAGUCUUGACGGGUAUCAAGGACCCAGAGUUGGCAGAAAAGGCUAAAGAACAGAAGAAGGCCAUGGAAUUGGAUAUCCGCAUCUUCGUCAACCAAAACUUUGAUCUUCUCACUACAGGUCGUUGUGUCGCAAGAAUCUUCCACGGUUUGGGAUCACCAAGAUUCCCUCCGCUCGAGUGGUCUCGAAACAAGCAGUGGAAUGCAUACUCUUUCAUGAAUUUUGCAGACAUUGCAAAGAUUGGACAAAACGAAAUUGAACUAGUUCGUACCAGACGAAAUCAAUAA